UGAAUAUACUUACUUAUAUGAAGUCUUAAAUAUAUAUACUCAAAAGUAUGGACUAUGGAGCUAUAAAAGUUUUCUGUAAAAUAAUUUAUCCCAUAAUAAUAGUUCAUUAGUGAUUGGCGUAUACAAGUAACAGGAAACUGCACGUCGCAACUUUAUUUAACCCAACAUAUAGUUCGAGUUAUAAUAAUGAUUGCAUAUAAGUUGACUAGGUUUGCUGGAACUGUGAAGUGCCGAAGGUUCGUUCCAGCUGUUCUCACUAGUCAACCACAGAGAGUUGUACCAGUUUAUUAUAAUUGUCGCAGAUAUAGCCAAGAGAAUAAGCCAUUAUAUGAUAUUGUAGUAAUUGGUGGUGGUAUAGUUGGCUCUGCUUCAGCAAGAGAAUUAUUAUUAAGGCAUCAAAGUCUAAAAAUUGCCCUUGUUGAAAAAGAAAACAGAUUUGCAUUUCAUCAAAGUGGCAACAACAGUGGAGUUAUCCAUGCAGGGAUAUACUACAAACCUGGAUCACUGAAAGCAAAGCUAUGUGUUGAAGGUUUGAAUCUAUCAUACAAAUACUUGGAUGAGAAAGGUAUAAAGUAUUCCAAGUGUGGUAAAUUGAUUGUGGCCACAGACAGAUCUGAGGUUUCUAGACUUCUGGAAUUGUAUGAUCGUGGUGUGAAAAAUGGGGUAAAAGACAUCAAAAUGUUAGAUGCCAAAGAAAUAAAGGAACUAGAACCCCAUUGUAAUGGUUUGCAAGCAUUGUGGUCUCCUCACACUGGCAUAGUUGAUUGGGGUGAAGUGACUAACUCUUAUGUGAGGGACUUUGAAAAAUGUGGUGGGAAAACAUAUCUUAACUUUGAAGUCAACAAGUUUGCUGAGUCUGAAAAUUCAGAGCAUCCUGUAACCAUAACAGACGGCAAGGGAAACAAAAUACAAGCUAAAUAUGUACUGACAUGCUGUGGAUUGCACUCUGACACUGUUGCAGUUUUAACUGGAUGUCCUGAAGAGCCUAAAAUAAUACCAUUUAGGGGGGAGUAUUUGUUUUUAGUCCCAGAGAAAAGUCAUCUCACCAAAGCUAAUAUAUAUCCAGUACCAGACCCAAGGUUCCCAUUUUUAGGUGUUCAUGUGACACCCAGGAUAGAUGGACGGGUUAUUUUAGGCCCUAAUGCAAUAUUAGCACUUUGUAAAGAAGGUUACAGGUGGGGUGAUGUUAACAUGAAGGAGCUCAAAGAUAUUUUGUCAUUUUCUGGUUUCCGAAAAAUGGCAUUCAAAUAUGCUGGGUUUGGAUUUAAAGAAAUGACAAGAUCUGUUUUGAUGCCAUUGCAAGUAAUGCAAAUACAGAAAUAUAUUCAGGAAAUUACAACUAGAGAUGUAGAGAAAGGACCUGCUGGGGUGAGGGCACAGGCCAUGGGGAAAGAUGGUACUCUUAUUGAAGACUUCGUAUUUGACUCUAAACCAGGCUCUGGUGCCAUUGGCAGUAGGGUAUUACACUGCAGGAAUGCCCCAUCUCCUGGAGCUACAUCGUCAUUGGCCAUAGCCAAAAUGAUAGCAGAUAAGAUGAAAGACGAAUUCAAGCUCUAGUAAGAUUUUAUUGUGUGGAUUGUUAAUGUUGUUCCAAAAUGUUAGUUAUUUCCAAAAAUCUCUAUGGUCUAUUUUUUAAAUGUAAUCUAUGUUUUAUGUUUUAAACGAAAGCUAUUGCCUGAUAUGAAACAAUAUAAUUAAUCUAGAUUUAUUUUUCUAACUAUUGAAAUUAUUUUUUUAAUAUUUUUGGAAAUUACUUUUUUUAUAAAAAAAUAUACAUUUUGUACUAGAAUGUACUACAAUUUUUUUUAUAUUAAUAUUAUAAAAUGAGCUUUAGUUC